CAGCUGAUCACACACCCACACACCAACAACUUGCCUACGCCUGUAUAUACACACCUUAAAUCCUUCUCCCAGACCACGCGACCCAACACCGAAAUCAUGGCCGACGCAAAGCAACAAAUCAUGGAACAAGUCCGACAACAAGUCGCUCUCGCAAAUGCACGAGCACUCGUGGAGAAAGUCAACGAGCACUGCUUCGAGCGCUGCGUUCCCAAACCUGGUACUUCCCUAUCGAGCGGCGAGCGAACCUGCUACACAGCCUGCAUGGAAAAGUACAUGUCAUCAUGGAAUGUUGUGUCGCAACAAUAUCUCGGACAUGUGCAGAGGCAAGUGGGACAGGGGAAUCAGUUUGCUGGGGUAUGAGGGAUGAGAUGGGAGGGCGAGAAUGUCUGAUUGUGAUGUGAGGAGGGAUGGCUGCUACAGGUCGAGUCAAAAGAAGCAUUGUAAAGGGUUUCAGCUGUGCGCCGGCAACAUAAAUUGUGUGCAAAAAGCGAGGGUGUAAGAGAGAGAAUGAGGACGCAACAAUACAUUUGCACAUAGUGUACAACAGAACUAUGCGUGAGCAUAGAUGAUUCGCGGGUUGUAUAAUACCAAAGAAGCUUCGCUCAAUCGCAGCAGAUCGCUCAGUAAGCAGCAGCAACAACAGAUGCCAAAAACAUUUGUUCAACCUAAC